AAGACAGCCCAUUCCCCGGCUGUUGCAAUCUCUUUCUCGCCCGAUGCGCACCAUCAUCCCGAGUUCAUCUCACUUCUUCUUCCUCCGUUCCCCUCGACGAAAAAGAGAAAAAAACACAACCGCCGUCCACCGGGAUGCGCCGCCUACCUGCUGCUCCUGCCCGCCCUGUUCUCCACCCGCACAUCUCCCCCGCGCUCGGAGUCCCGCAACAGCAUGGCCGAGUGGCGAUGGCAAGGACGACCCCCGCAGUAUGCUGCUCCUACCUCCUACCAAAUCGCAGGACGCCCACUCAGGGCGCCGAAUUCGAACCUCUACGAUCCAGAUCAACCGAUCGGGACCGGGGCUCCGCAAUGGCCCGAGCGAAUCCUGCAGCCGCGAGCGGCGGCGAGGCGUCGCCGUCGCCGUCGCCCUCGCCUGAUGGCGGCAGCAACCCGUUCGCCCCGCUCGUCGAGCUGUGGCGCCGGACGGUGCAGCCGCUUGGGGACUACGGGUUCGGCAAGCGCAGCGUUUGGGAAGGCGGCGUGGGGCUCUUCAUGGUCUCCGGGGCGGCCCUGCUGGCGCUCGCGCUUGCGUGGCUCCGGGGGUUCCAGCUGCGCUCGCGCUUCCGCAAGUACAGCGCCGUCUUCGAGUUCAGCCAGGCGUGCGGGAUCUGCGUCGGCACGCCCCUCAGGAUACGCGGGGUCACCGUCGGGAGCGUCGUCCGCGUCGACUCUUCGCUCAGGAGUAUUGAUGCCUAUGUUGAGGUGGAAGAUGAUAAAAUUAUUGUGCCCCGUAAUUCAUUGGUUGAGGUGAAUCAAUCUGGUCUCCUAAUGGAGACAAUGAUCGAUAUUACACCAAAAGAUCCACUCCCAACACCUUCAGUUGGUCCACUGGACGCAGACUGUUUCAAAGAAGGCUUAAUCCUCUGUGACAAAGAGAGAAUGAAAGGACAGCCAGGAGUAAGCUUAGAUGCAAUGGUGGGUAUAUUUACCCGUCUAGGAAGAGACAUGGAGGAAAUUGGUGUUCAUAAAAGCUUCAAGUUGGCGGAAAAGGUUGCAUCUAUAAUGGAAGAAGCACAACCUCUCCUUUCACGGAUUGAAGCAUUAGCUGAAGAAGUUCAACCUUUGCUCUCGGAGGUGCGUGAUAGUGAUCUGGUGAAGGAUGUGGAGACUAUAGCUAAAGGCCUGGCUGAUGCAUCUGGUGAUUUAAGAAGAUUGAAGUCCUCCAUGCUUACCCCUGAGAACAGUGAUCUAAUCAAGCAGUCUAUUUUCACCCUUAUAUUUACUCUGAAGAACAUUGAGAGUAUCAGCUCGGACAUCUCUGGUUUCACCGGCGACGAGGCGACACGGCGGAACAUCAAGCUGCUGAUCAAGUCCCUCAGCAGACUAUUGUGACCCCUUACCUCAGUUGAACAGCGUGGAUAUUGGUAGAGUAGGCCAUCCGUCCUGAUGGCAUUGGAGCAUCUUUAAGAAGAGAAGCUGAUAAUUUUUUUCUGCAUCCUUGGCAAGAAAAGCCGUAUUUAUUGUUGUCGUCGAGUUACGCUAGGCCCAUUUUUGUUUUGUUUUUUGUGCAGCACGGUUGUGGUUGAGCAAGUGUAAACAAGGAAUACCACUACCAUUGUUUCUAACCGGUGGCUUUCGUUGAUCGGUCUGUCGUCGUCGGGGCGGCACAAUUCAAAGCACCAGCCUAGUAGGACCAAUAGCUACUGGUAGCGCAUCUCACCAUCGAUCAACUCAAUCCUUGGACUUGUGCUCUCUGCUUUGUUUUAUGUGGUGGAAUGGAAUCAAACGAGGCGACGAAUGUAACCUGACAACGGUGCAUCGGUCCAGUUUCGCUCGUGUGGUCUUCCAUUUCGUGUCUCGUCGGGUGUAAGCGGCAAUAUGCUACAGUUUUUUUUUUUCAAUUGCGUGCAAGCCAGAACAAAGCUGCAGGCUGUUCACGCUAGGCGCCAAUCAAUAAUCGUUUCCAUUCA